UGUACAGCAUUUUCUAUGUGAGUAAUAAUUAAUUUCAUAUGUGAGUAGUGGCUUAAAAGGUACUCAAAACGGAUUCAAGAAUAAGCAACAUUAAUAUUCCUUUUGAAAUCAGAAAAAUCGAAAAUUUUAGACACCUCUAUUUAAUUGAAACUCUUUCACACUCAUGCGAAGUAGCACGUAGUCAGGCGAGGUGACUUUAUUAAGAAUGAAGUUGAAACCAUUGACUUUUCAACAGGUUACAAGAAGUAAAAAGGAUUGAUUAUCUAGAACUCAUAUUACAUUGUCGGUUGCAUAGAUAUGUUUUGUGAAUUCAACAGAUUUUAUAUGAUUUAAAGUGAUUUUGGCGCCUAAAUUGAAGAUGUAUAAGUAUUCUUUGUUUAUGGUUUUUAUUUCGGUAACGUAUACUAUAAUUAAAGGACGUAGAAUUGAAGAUGUUGUUGAAGAAGCACGCACAAAUUUUGAUAAUAAUUCUAAAGCAAUUGAUACUUUAUUUCAAAAUAUCGGUACAUUACAAACUUGUUUAUAUUCAAUAGAAAAAUUUAUCCGCGACGAAUCUUUAAAUACAACAAACAAACUAAAUAAAAAACAUCAAGACGCAUUAGAAUUAAUCAACAAAAUCGACAAAGACGAGUGUCGUGUUAACGCCACGAAAGAUUUGAAAUUUGCACUUAAUCACACGAAAACUGAUAUUAAUGUUACAUGUCAAUUACAAGAUACAAUCGAGCUAAUAAAUGAUUUAAAGCAUGAUUUAAAAAGAACACAAGAAUCGCUUAAAAAAUUAAAUAAAAAAAAUGGUGAGACUAUUCAAGUAUGUUUAAACAGUACAAAUCAACAAGCUGAAGAAUUGCAAAAAUGUUUGAAGGCUUUUAAUCCGAAUGCAUUCAUUAGAUUGUUUCAAGUAACUUUAUCGACAUUCAAUCAAAUAACUGUCAAAAUCAUUGCCGAUGCGAAAAAAUGUGGUGAUGAUGAAUAA